AGGAAGCGACGCUGGACUGCGCGUUGACGUCUCCUCCGGCGCCUCCCUCCCUCCCGCUCCGCCUCCCUAGGAGGGCCUCGAGGAGACGCCUCCGAGCAGGCCGCCGUCUGCCUGCCUGCCUGCCUGCCUUCACGCUUCCCAACCUCCCGCCCUCGCCCCUCCUGCGGGGCCUCAGAGGGGCCUUGGACUCCCAUCAGCCCUGACGCCUGUCCUGCUCGCUAAGAGCAGCAGGGGGCAGGUCCUGCCCAGCCGCCCCGCAGCGCAAGCGCCCUCUGCAGGCAGCGAUGGCCAGAGCCAAGCAGGCGGCUGCUGGCAGGGCUGAGGCUGGCAGGCUCACCAUCAAGUGGCACCAGCACCGCGUGCCCCUCCAGACUGAGGCCGCCCAGCAAGCCGAGUCUCCGUGCUCUUUCACCCCGUGGGGGCUUCUCCCAGGCCCGCUUGCUGGGUGGCACCAGCGGCGCAUGCCUGCUUGUGCCUUCCAUGCUGGUGUUCAGUGUGCUCCUGGUGUCAAGCGUCCUGCUCCUGAUGAUCUAGAAGGGCAUUCUGGCAGAGGUGGAACCCCCACUGCUGCACCCUUUCUGAGGCUAGGCGUGGUGGCAGCGCCAGGGUGGAGGACAUGGCUGUGCAGGUUCUGCGUGACAUCUGCAACCGGACCAUCCGUUCUGCGUGCGGUCAAGCAGAUGCACCUCGCAUGUGGGAGCUCUCGGCAGCAACGGAUGGCACUCAAGCACCUCCUGGUGAAUGACAAGCACUGCUUCCUGUACUGCUACGUGUCCAAGGUGGCCUGCUCCAACUGGAAGCACAUUCUCAAGGUGCUGGACGGCAAACCGAACUUAUGGGUGAUGUUGCACAAGUGCAGACUAGACAGCAUCAUUUUUAGUCUUGGGUGCCUUGGGUUAGCAAAGCCAACGUUGUCUAACAUAUUUCCAUUCACUUAAUUAUCGUCUACAUCUCUGUCAGUGCUGGAGUAUGUGUUCCUACAUAUCAGGAAUGAGAGAACACUUUUCCUCAAGGACAAGCUUCUGGGAGCCACAUGUCUGCAAUGGGUGGGGAGAGAGUGAAAAGUACACAGAGAAAUGGAAGUGACAUGACUCCAACAUGUCACUUUCUCAAUGCCCUCCAGCCUUCAUGCUCCUUAAUAUUGUUGAUAAAAGGUAAAGCUACCCCUGCCCGUACGGGCCAGUCUUGACAGACUCUAGGGUUGUGCGCCCAUCUCACUCAAGAGGCUGGGGGCCAGCGCUGUCCGGAGACACUUCCGGGUCACGUGGCCAGCGAGACAUCG